CUAAACGAUAAGUUGGAAUUAUAGCGCCUUGCCCUUGAGACUAAAGGAUUUAGAAUAAGUAGAACAAGACUGAAUACAUGGAAUGUCGUUUCAGUGGCCGGGAUACAGAAUCAGAGGUGGAAGUCAGGAUUGACUCUCACCUAGUACCUAAGGUAGACAGGUUUCGAUAUCUUGGCUCGGUAAUCGAGGCUGAUGGGGAGUUAGAUGCGGAUGUUGGACAUCAUGUUGGAGUGGCUUGGGCCAAAUGGCGGUUACCUUUAGGGGUGUUGUGUGAUCCGAAGAUUUCGCCUAGAAUGAAAGGUAAGUUCUAUCGAUAUGUAGUCAGACUUGCUAUGUUAUAUGGGGCAGAGUGUUGGGCGAUUAAGAAGACUCAUGUGCGUCGUCUGCAUGCGGCGGAGAUGCGGAUGUUACGAUGGAUGUGUGGGAAGACAAGGUUGGAUAGGAUUUCGAACAAAGUUAUCCGACGUCAGGUAGGCAUGGCGCCGGUGGAAGAUAAGUUGCGGGAAGCAAGGUUGAGAUGGUUUGGCCAUGUGAGACGGCGGGAUGCUGACGCCCCUGUACGGAGAUGCGAGAGGAUUACGGUUAUCGGCGGAAGUAGGGGAAGGGGUAGACCUAGGCAGAAUUGGAAGGAGGUGAUUAGACAGGAUUUAGGACUUCUCGACCUGACUGAUAUGGCCCUAGAUAGGAACCUUUGGAAAACUAGGAUUAGAGUAACUGGAUAGGAGCUCGGUGUUGUAGAGGUUGUUUUGUAGUGUGUUGUAUUUGUUUGGAAUCUUCUGCUAUUGCUUGUAUUUGGUGCUUUAUCUGUGUUAUACUAUGUUCCCU